AUUACAUGAUGGAUUAAAUAGAUUUACAAGAUAUGAGAAAGAAACUUCAUGCUUACAAAAAGACUGGAAAAAAAUAAGUCAUUAGUAUACUUAAUCAAUUAGAGGAUCCGAAGAUUGAUUAAAAGUAUGGUAGAUGAUAUAGAUUAGGGCACUUGCUGAGUCUAAAAUUCACAAAACUGUGAGGACACUUACACAAAUUGAAUUAAUAAGUGAAGGAAAUUUAAGUGAAUAAGAUAUGAAAUAAAUAAAAGAAAAAGCAACAGAAACUUUAUAAAAGUUAAAAAGAAAUGAGAAGCCAGGACCAUAAGAAAAAAUAACAACAAUAUCUGUAACUCCAGAUAGAAAAUAAUCAGUGGAAGUAUAAAAUACAGGUGCAAUUAAUUAAAAUGAUUUUAUGAAUUAAUUGGGACUUCCAUAAAAUUUUGAUCCAAUUAGAUUGAAAGUAUUGCAGACAAUAAUUCAGAAAUUUAACAAUGAAUAAAUUUCAUAGUAAGAAAGUAUUACAUUUUGUAAGAGAUUAGAAAAUGAAGUAUAUAAUAAAAUUAAUGUUAGAUAAGUAUGAAAUUUAAGGAUAAAGAAAGAUAAUAUUAAACAGCUAUAAAAGAGAUACUGAAAUAUUUAUAAAAUGAUAAAGAUGGAAGUGUUAGAAAUAGAUUAUUAACUGGAUUAAUUGAUAUACCAACAGCAGCAUAAUUAAGAUCAGAAGACUGGACAAGUGCAACAGUAUAUAUAUGAGUCUAGAAAUAGAGAUUAGCCUUAGCAGGGGGAGUAGGUAGAGAAAUUCUAUCAGCUAAUGAUAUGAACCAUAAUAAAUAUAUAGCUUAAGCUAUUAAUAAAGAUGUAGCAUUAGCUAUGUGUAAUAAUUGCAAUUAAAAAUAAAUGAAAUUGGUUAAUGAAAUUUAAACUAGAGCUAGUGAUGAACCUUCUACCAAAUUUUAUGAAUGUUUGAAUUGCGGAGUUGGAGAAACUACAAAUGGUUGA